AUGAAAUUGACCAGGAAGGACACUAAUAUCAGGGAAGCGAUACCAGCUGGGGAAAGACUGGCAGUGACUUUACGAUUCUUGGCUACAGGAAAGUCCUAUUCCAGCUUGCAUUACCAAUUCAGAAUUUCAAUAUCAUCUAUUUCCCUCAUUGUUCCAGAAGUAUGCCAGGCUGUAUUUGAUGCCUUGAAAGAGGAAUUUCAACACUUCCCUGAGAAUGAAGAAGAAUGGUUGGCAAUAGCUGCUGGAUUUGAAGAUGUAUGGCAACUUCCACAUUGUGUUGGUGCUGCUGACGGAAAGCAUGUUCGAAUUCUGCAUCCUCACAACAGUGGAUCUGUCUUCUAUAAUUAUAAGGGUUACUACAGCAUUGUCUUAAUGGCUGUAGUUGAUGCAAAUUAUAACUUUAUAUUUGCUGAUGUUGGAUGCCAGGGUAGGAUUAGUGAUAGUGGGGUAAUGAGGAAUACCCUGUUCUGGUCUAAGUUGGUCAAUGGUAAACUUAAUCUACCCAAACCUAAGCCUCUUCCCUCUUCACCUUCUUUAUUUCAUCCUGACUCAAAUAUUCCUAUCCCAUACUUCUUUGCUGGGGAUGAUGCUUUUCCACUUGAGACAAAUGUCAUGAAGCCUUUUGCACAACGGGGCCUUUCUGAAGAAAGACGUAUCUUUAACUACAGGCUUUCUUGGGGGAGACGGGUUAGUGAGAGUGUCUUUGGAAUUUUGUCGAACAGAUUUAGAGUGUAUUCUACUGUUCUUUCCAUUAAGCUUGAUAAUGCCGUUAAGGUCAUACUUGCAACCUUAGCACUUCAUAAUUUUCUGAGAGCAAAAGUGCCAAACAGGUACAUACCUAAGGGGUCAGUUGAUGAGGAUCACCUUGGCAAAACAAGAGAUGGCAGUUGGAGAGUUGAUGAUGCAGGAAGCAACCUAGCAUCGUUUCCAAAUUCCAGAAAAGGCCGACCAGCUGUUAAGGCUGAGGAAAUGCGAGAAAUUCUUUGUGAACAUUUUAAUGGACCUGGCCAAGUGCCUUGGCAAUGGAACACCUUGAUUUGA